UUUUCGUGAGUGGCGUCUCCGUUUUGCUUACUGUCAAGAAGCCAAUGGUUGGACUGACGAGACCGCCUUGGAGAAGUUACCGACUUUAUUGGAGAAGGUUGCAUUGGUAAUGUUCACCAGGAUACCUGCGGAAAAUAGGAGUACCCUAUCUAAAGCCAUGCAGAAGUUGGAAGACGAGCUUGCUCCCGAGCAAA